ACUGUACAGUGCAGGGCGAGGGGAGGGAGGGGGAGCAGGCAACGGACUGGAGAAAUUGGUGAGAGAGCGGGGCUGGGUCAUGAUUUGAACGCUGCGAGAGCUAAAAACGGGACGGGAGCGCCAACGGUGGCGGGGUACGAGGAACCGCGCGCGCGUGUAGCAUUUGACCUUCGUGUCGCCUUUCUCGCAAGAGCAGGGAGGGGCCUUCCAGGCAGCCAUCCAUCGCCAGCGGUACAGGCAUCCAUCCCUUCUGAAAGCGCAAGCGCACAGAGCAGCGGAGAGGCAGGGGAGGGCAGGGGAGGGCAGGGCGAGCGAGCGAUUAAGGAGCUGGGAUUGCAGCCUCAGCAGCAGCUUCGCAGUGUGGGAGCUCAAUAAGCACGUGGAAAACAGAAGUGUGAUGGGCGGACGAGGCCAUCUUCGAAAUACGCGACUUUGCGUAUAACUGGCAGCAGUCCGAGGCUCGAGAAGCAGAGCAGAGCAGAGGUAGUGCGACGGAUGACCGACAGGGCCGCAGGCAAUCUAGCAUCUCCCGCAGGCGCGCAGCUGUGGAGUUAGAGUCCGGGGGUUCCUCGAGAAUUGGGGCCUCGCCCGCGAGCAGUUGGCCUACGGAUUCAAUCGGUGGCGAAGUCAAGUCAAGCAGCUUCAGCUUCAUCAGCAGCAGCAGCGGCAGCGGCAGCGGCGUCCUCGUGAGGCUCGGUGGGUGGAGCGGGAGAAUUCUCGUGAUGAGAGUGAUGCGCGGUUCGUGGAAGGCAGUCUCCUGUCAUUGCGUCGUUAUCCGAUUCGAGCUCUUCGUUUGCCCUCGCUUUUUAACCUCCCUCGCCGACGACUGCCGACCGGCAUAAUUUCCAAUCAGUCAGUCGGUCAAUCAGGCAAUCAGGCAAUCAGCAUCAUCAUCAUUCGUGCGACGCGAGCAGAGAAUGCGAUCAAGUAUGUUGGCCUCACUGCCCGAAGACGUGCUGCACGGAGUUUUCCAGAAACUCCCCUUCGCGAGCCUCGUCCGGUUCCGGCUGGUGUGCAAAGCAUGGAACGAAUUGAUAAUCUCGCCCGAGUUCGCUCGCUCCAACCACCCCAUGAAGUCCGUCUUGACGCACUUUCUGAAUUGGAAGCUCACUCUCUUCAAUUCCGUCGCCUGCGUGUGGGAGGACUAUUCUUUAUCGUUUUUCCGAGAUCAGAUCGAGGCCAAAUUUUUAGACGUGGUGGCCACCGACGGGGGACUCCUGUGUUUUGAAACAGAAGUAUUCGGGCAGCUCGUGGUGUGUAAUCCGAUUACCAAGCGAUGGCGAGUCGUGCAAGUGCCCUGCCGACCGGGAGAAGAGUUUUACAUGCCAGCCCCCCAAGUGCACAUGUCCAUGAGGAGCCAACGACCGCUCGGAGACAGGAGGAUGAUGGUGGGGCUGAUUGUCGAUCAGGUUACAGGCCACUACAAGGUCAUCGUGGCUGCCCUGCAUGAAGGUGCCAACCGAGCCACUCUCGUGUACGACUCGCUCACCCGUUCGUGGAAGAAAGGGGCUCAGGUGCCGGAGGGGAAGAAGUUUUCUGACGACGACGUGAUUUCUUGCAAUGGGCGAGUGUACUGCCUGAUCAAAAAUCCCAAGGGCGCGCAACAGGAAGCAGUGUGGAGGCUGCUGAAUUACAACGUAGAGAUGGACAUGUGGAGCGAACUGUGCCUUCCCGCGGAGACGCUGGUCUCCUUUAUCAAGCUUGUAGAGCACUGCGGUUCAGUUCAUUUGCUAGUGGAGGAGCGGGAUUCCUCGUGGCGCAACCCGAGGCUCCUGCUCUACGAUAUCGAAAAUGCAUCGACCAGUUCUUCCAUGAGGUUGACACGAAAAGACAUUCCGAGAAAGUUCACCACCAAGUUCAGCGAUCAAGCCCUGAGACCUACAUUUUUUGAAUCCAAUGCCUUGGGCCAGGGAAACUUGAUCUACGUCAUGGAGUCUGAUACCGAUGCUGGUUCCGUAGUUACCGUUCUCACCGUCCUCAACUUCUCAGCCAACACUUUCUGCGAUCUCCCCGAAUUGAUCAUUAAGCGGGUCAUGGCCGCCACCGAGCUGAGACACCAAUUCCAUCUAUUCACUGCCUCAUUAACAGCGCGAGUUUGACACAGUCUCACAACCAUACCAAUUUUUGCUAAGACGGCCAAGAGCUGCAUCACACAUGGGCACUUGUAUCGAGUAAGUUCAUCACUAUCUCAGGCUUCUGAAGGCACAACUAGAGCGACUGAACAGAAAGAUUGUUACAGAAUCGGUGCCUUAUAGCAUACCAACUCAGGUGACAUCUAGAACAGAUUGGCUGAGUUUACUGGAUCUCUGGUGCAUGUAAAGUUCAUGACAGUUACACACUUAUUACUUGUAAAAACGUAUAUUUAUAAGGAUCAAUUUGUGUCUUGACUACUC